CGACAAACCACACCAACUGUCAUCUGUCAUCGGACGGCCCAAAAGUGGACCUCGUGUUCGAUUCAGCGGCUAUUUCAGCUCGCCGUGCCUGCGGCGCCUCCCCCCUACUGGCUACUUCCUUCUCCCCUUCAAAUUUGCGUAGCGUUGAAUCCACGCCCUCCCGGAACCCCCGAAUCUACCGACGCUCCCUCUCAGUCUCUCACAACGCUCAAUCCAAACGCGAGCCGCGAGCCUAACCCUAGCAACCGUGAGUGAUGGCGCGCCCAAGGGCUAAGAAGCGUACGACGCCCCAGGCGGCCGCCACUGAUUCGGUCGAGCCGGAUGCCACCGUCGGUGCUUCGAGCAAGCUGGAGGAGGCGGCGGCGGAGCCGGCAACUCGGGAGCGGGGGAAGCGCGUCAAGGCGCCGCCCAAGCCCAAGCCCGAGACGGAAUACUUCGACGAGAAAGGAAAUUUCGAGGAUCUAUGGUUAUCUGCUUUCCCCGUUGGUACCGAGUGGGAAAACAUCGAUAAGAUAAAGGAGUUCAACUGGAGCUUUGAAAAUGUAGAGGAAGCCUUAGAAGAAGGAGGAGAGCUUCAUGGGAAGACCCUUUAUAUGUUUGGAAGCACCGAGCCCCAGCUAUUGUAUGUUAAUGGUGAAUCAAAGAUAGUGCUUAUCCCAAUUGUCGUCGCUGUAGACUGUCCUUUCCCACCUUCAGACAAAAUUGGCAUAAAUUCCGUCCAAAGGGAAAAUGAGGAAAUAGUGCCAAUGAAGGCGAUGAAGAUGGCAUGGGUGCCUUAUGUUCCCCUUGAGGACCGGCUGAGCAGGAUUGACAUUUUCAAAACAAAAAUAUUCACGCUCGGAUGCACACAGCGAAGGUCUGCACUGAAGCAUCUCAAAAUUGAGAGAGUCAAGAAGUUUGACUACUGCAUGCCUUAUUAUAUGCCACUGCAACCUCUUGAAGAUGAAGAAAACACAACUAUCAAUUUCUUAUAUCCUCUGGAACCCCCGAUAGUAGAUGAGUUCGACUGGGAAAUGGAUGAUUACGAGGAUUUUGCAGAUCAGAAAGUCCAAGAAGGUAGCCUGCCCGAGGGCGAGAAAGAAAAAUUCAAGGAGUUCCUGAAGGAGAAGGUUAGAGAAAGGAAGAGAGAGCUGAGACAGGCUAAAGAAGCCAGGAAGAAAGCUAUUGAUGAUAUGGAUCCUGCGAUGAAAGAGGCAUUCGAGAAUAUCAAAUUUUACAAAUUUUAUCCUGUGAAAACCCCAGACACGCCUGAUGUAAACAAUGUAAAGGCUAGGUACAUCAACAGAUACUACAGGAAUGCCCAUUAUCUGAAGUAAAGGCUCUCCUGAUCUCACGUGCUUGAGGACGAGCUUGUCAUUUGAGUUGGUGUAAAAAAAUUUUGAAACCCGGGGGAGAAAAGUUUGGUGACAUCUUUGGAUGGUCUUACUGUUGUACUGUACUGUACUAGAAUUGCCCUCAGACUUUCGCUGUCCGGUGCAUACAGUCAGAAAGGUUCAAGGUAGUUUUGAGACUAACCAAAUCAUGAUGGAACAAUUUGUUCCUUUGUCAUCAUGGUUACUGCACACCCUGAUGGUUAUGCUGUGACUUUUUUUAACAUCUGCUAUGAGCAAGCUAUGAAUUAUGCUGUAAUCUGUCUGGUGAAGCGACCAGGUACAGUAGGGUUCAGACUGGUUAACAAUGGGAUAACCUGGCUUCUAGGCCUGUUUGUUUUUUUCCAAUUAAUAAUCGGUCUUUUGAUCUAA